AUGGACUAUUGCCGUUUUACUUAUAUCGUCUUAGAUAUCAGUGGCCGAAAUAUCACAUUUACUUGUUCUUAUUUAUGGAAACAAACCGAGGAACAGCUUUUUAAUGUUCUCGGAUUACCAGAAAUUGAGCCACUCACCCGUGUCGAUGACGCACCUCUAGCUGAAGGAUUACCGACCCAGCUAGAUGAUGAAGAUAUCAAAAUAUUUGAUUUUGCAGAGAGCUUCUUCCAAGGACAGGAGUCUGCAAAACUUGCCCAGCCGGGUUCACUAAGGAUACCAGAGACGAUUUUCACGGACAAGCUUGAUUAUCGGGUCGACUUGUGGCGCACUGGUUGCAUGGUAUGUCAACGUAUUCUUCCGCUGAAGCAAAAGUCCUGA